UCUAUUCAACAUGUCAACAAGAGGCUCAUGGAUAACUCUGAAAUUCAAAAGUGUUCUUGAUGUAGUUCAUGCUAGCAGAUUUCAAUCAAGCUAUGGUGGGUUCAAGAGAAACAGUCCAAUUAUGUCAACAACAAGGGUUGAAAGUUGUUAUUGGUUGCAUCCUAGUAUGCAGUUCUUUAGCACCAAUAGCAACACAAAAAUUAAUGCAAAUGGAGCAAAGAAGGUCAAGGUUCAACCUGAAGCCCCUGCUUCUACAAUUUUCACCUUCCCUCACUGGCUAAGAUGGGUUUUGGGCUCGGUACUUUCUCUCGUGCUACCUUUCUGGAAAUAUGUGGAAAAACUACAAAGAAUAGAAGGAGAGGCAGAGGUUGUGGUUGAAGAGGUUGAAAAGGUAGCAGAAGUAGUACAAAAAGUGGCUACAGUAGCAGAAAAGGUAUCUGAAGAUGUAGCAGAGAUGCUUCCUCAAGAUGGUAAUCUACAGAAAGCAGCUUUAAUGGUAGAACAUGCAUCCAAACAGGUUGCUCAUGAUGCUCAACUAGCAGAAGAGUUUAUACACAAGGUUGAAAAUGUCAAGAAUGACCUCGAUAAUUUAGAAUCCUUCGUUGAACCCGUGAUUGACGAGAUUGUGAAGAAGGAACCUGAAAAUAAUUGA